AAUCAGAAGUUGAGGGUGCACUUGUUCUCAGCUCGGAGUGAGAUUGCUGCGAUUCUUCUUCUUCAUCAUCCUAAGUUCGGUUGUAGUAUUUGAUGGAGGAUUCUGAUGAUAUUUACACUUCCAAACACUUUUCAUGUCAAGUUCAUGACUUGGAUAAGUAUAUUGUUGUUCAAGCCCAUACAAAUUUUCAUCAUGGAAAGAUGUAUGAUUGUACUGGCAAAGAGGCUGAACCCAAAAUGGUUUACCUUUGGAUUUGUGAAGACUUACCUAAAGCAUUUGACAUGAGGAGGCAACUUGAAAUCUUUUAUGCUUUAGCUCCUAAAAAUGUGGCGGAGCCUUAUUGUGUUGGGCGUUUAAAGCAUGCUGAUCUUAAAUCAGUGCAUAAUGAUUAUACAUCAACACUUUUGGAAAUACCCCCAGAAGUCAAAAUGUUGAAGACAGAGAAACCUUGUCUUAUAACAGGACAAGUGUCAACUUUAACCUUUGACAAAUGGCUUCCAAAUUCUAAUGAACAAGACUCGACUUUGUUAUUCCGUUCUCUUUUUUCCACUGUGGGAAAGUUUCAUCAAGCAAAAAUGUCUUUCGGGAAUAUAAGAGCUGGGAUACGCAUCACCGGUAAAUCUCCGAUAUUUGUCAUCCCUGCAGCGACCGAAGAAGAGGACGAGGGGAUACGGAAGGACAUUGGUGAACUUCAUGACAUGUUGAUGGAAUCUAAAAUUCAGGGGUUUUUUGAAAUGGAGUUGUUUGACAAACUGUGCAAGAAAUGUACACAAAUGGAAAAUGGAAGUUUUACAUACAGUGGUGAAUCUUUAAGACAAUUAUCAUUUAUAAUCACCCACUGCCCCGUGGUUUGGACUUCUGAAGAUAGAUACAAUUUCAUUGAGAAACUAGAGAAAUACAGAGAUUUCAAUAGGAGUUUGUAUGAUCUACUUACUAGUGAUCUGUUUGCUAGAGCAAUUCUCACUGUUGACUUCUGGACAAGGUUAGACACAGCUGCGCCAUCAACUUCAGCUUUCAUGUUGCAACCAUUAUAUACCCAGGGCAAGAACACAUCAUAUACAAAUAUGGAAGGCAUACGAUCUUUUCACAAAUAUGCAUAUGCUCAUAAUCCACCUGAAUGUCCGUUAUGGUCGGAUGUGGAGAAAGUGUUAUACUCUGUCUUCCCGGAAGCGCCUGCAAGCUUAUAUGAGAUUAUAGUUGGACAACUGCAUUUUUCAAGCAAUGCAUCACUUAUCACAAACACACAGAGCUCUAUGCCUUCCAUCAUAAAGUUUCUGCAAGAUGGACCCUAUAAGUUUGAGUUCUAGCUCCUAUGUUCUAAACCUUUUCCAAUCAAUAUGUGUCCUCUUCGGUGAACUUGGUGCUUGCAGCUCGUGUGCAAUUGUUACGCUCUCAAAACUGACAAGGACGUGACCCGAAAAAGUGAGCUGAAUGUAAAUGUUGUUAAAAUUUCAAAUUUACAGCUGCUAAAUAUGAGAUUGUUUUCCAUUUUCAUGUAUCAUGUAUUACCUCUGCAUAUGAUUACCUACAAAGAGUACUAGUCCCAUUUGCAGAUUGCACUGGUGUCAAAUAGUGUGGGGGUAUAAAUUAGAAGUAAGUUCAACUUAUUGCUAUAAAUUCUACUAAAUGGUUUAUAAGUUCUGUACAGGUAAUCUUUUGCAAA